AUGCGAGGUGACGUAUGCUGCACCGACAUAGUGUCCAACGGAGAUCAGCGUCUCCCCCUGGGCGUAGACAUUCGGGACCAACCGCGGGAGUCUCCCUUCCUGUGGAUCACAAAAUCCGUGCAAGAGCAGCAGCCUUACGCCGACCUUAAGGACCUUAUGGACUGGUGGGAGUGGGAAAACUUACAGUCGUUGUACUUUAGGCACAUCAAUUCGCAGCAUACACUUCAGUUCACUGCCAUGCUUCGGCCACAGGAUGAAACCGAUUCUGGUUACAGAUCUGGUCCAAUCCCAGAAGAAAUCCUCCCCAAGAAACAGCCUAGUCAAGCAACUCUCAACAGAGAAGAUCUUAAACGUAAAUUACAGGAAUAUAACAACAAUGUUUCAUUUGCCAACCUCGCUAUGGAGUCAGAUGGAGAAACAUUCCAAGGUUUCAUCAAGGUGACCCUGAACUUGAUUCGACCAAUUACAAUGUCUCUAGGGGCCCGGCCGCCUUCAAUUUAUGAAGUGCUAACACGGGAACAUAUUGUUGAACAGAACACCCAAUCCAUCUCAUUCUAUAUGCCAAGGGACACAGUCAAAUCAAUUCAUGUUGAUAGCGAAACAACCACCAAAGAAGUCAUUUCAGCUCUGCUUAAGAAAUUCAAAAUUCUUGACAACCCACGAAAAUUUGCUAUGUAUGAACAGGAACUCCAGAAUGGCAAAAUUGUGAAACUACGCCGUGUUUUGGAUGCUGAGUGCCCACUGCAAAUUUGUCUUGGAUGGGGAACUGAGAACCUACAGGCCCAUCGUCUUGUGUUGCAGGAGAAUGAAGCCACAGGUGACAUCGAGUGGUCAAAUUUCAGCUUACCAGAGUUGAACAAUUUCCUGAAGGUGUUGGACAGGGAACAAGACGAGCAUAUCAAUCAACUUCAGUAUAAAUACCGAAUGAUGAAAAAACUCCAACGGGCAAUGGAAACCACAGUCCUGGUGGACAGACCCAAAAAGUUAUCUAGUGGCCAACAAACUGCACCUAGUGGCUACAUAAGCUGGGGUAUCUUGUUAUCUCACUCCAACCUCCACAGACAGCAAAUUCAAACAAAUCCCCCAAAAGAUGAUGGACACACUUUUCAACCACCACAGUUUCAGAUUCUUUGGUGCCUGGCGCUUCCAUAG